GCUUGAGGGCAUCUUGAAGGGCUCCCAAGUUCAAAGCCAGUCAGGCUGCUGAGGUCAGCAUUUCCGGACCGAGGGGGUCAGGAAACUCUAGCUACAGCUCCUAGUGCUGUGAGCGCACUGGGCACCACGACCCGGCCACACCCUCUCCGGCAGGUUUGGUCAGAUUGGAGAACGGGUCUUGUGUCACCUUACUGGUGAAGUCGCAAUCGCAACUCCCUCCUGUAUUCUCCUCUGUCCUGUUCUGGGUAGCGAAGUGAGGAAGGCCUUCUGAGAGCAAGUGCGACAAGAGACUGUUCAGAAGCUUCGGUUUCCAGGGCACUUUAGAUGACACGGAGCACCGGAUAUUGUACUCGGCUUAAUCCGGCGACGAUGAAGCAAUCGGGAAUGUUUUGAGAGCAAGCGGCUUGGAAGAAAGUGCUCCUGUAGCUCCAGGGAAGACGAAGGGACUGCCACACACAAAUUAAUCCUUACGAACUGCCUCCUCCCCCGGAGCAUUCUUGUAGGAACUUUCUGUACCUGUUGAAGGUGGCACAGAAGAGGGUGGAUUAAUCAGUUUGGAAAUAGCUUUCUUUUCAAAGGGUGGAGAUGUCUGCCCAGAGGUUGACUUCUAACAGAACAUCCCUGCAGUCAGCAUCUAAUUCUGAUUACACCUGGGAAUAUGAGUACUAUGAGAUUGGACCAGUUUCCUUUGAAGGACUGAAGGCUCAUAAAUAUUCCAUUGUGAUUGGAUUCUGGGUUGGUCUUGCGGUCUUUGUGAUUUUCAUGUUUUUUGUGCUGACUUUGCUGACGAAGACAGGUGCCCCACACCAAGACAAUGUGGAGUCAUCGGAGAAGCGGUUCCGGAUGAACAGCUUCGUGUCAGACUGUGGGAAACCACUGGAGUCAGAUAAGGUGUUUUCUCGUCAGGGCCAUGAGGAGGCUAGGUCCCUCUUCCACUGUUACAUCAAUGAAGUGGAACACUUGGACAGGGUCAAAGUCUGCCACCAAACAACAGCCAUCGACAGUGAUGUCCAGCUCCAGGAAGCCAUCAGAAGCAGUGGGAGGUCUGAGGAGGAGCUGAGCAGGUUUAUGAAGUUUGACAUCCCCAACUUUGUGAACACAGACCAGAACUCCUUUGGGGAGGAUGAUCUUCUGAUUUCGGAACCAGCCGUUCUUCUAGAAAAUAAGCCGGUUUCCCAGACCUCACGUAUAGACCUGGACUGAGAAACGCUUGUGGGCGCUUUCCUGAGGAUAUGUUCUGUCUCUGGAUAGCUAGAUACACGCGCCCCCCCAACCCCACACAGGCAUGCUCGUGUGUGUGUGUGUGUGUGUGUGUGUGUGUGUGUGUGUGUGUGUGUGUGUGUGUGUGUGGAGGGGAGGGGAGGGAGAGAGGACAAUGUUUAAAGUUGAAGACCUAGACUAGGGCUAGCACUUAGUGAUAAAGGUAUAAAGGUAUAGAGUUUGGAGAUGGAAGGCACCACUUUUUUUUCUUUUGCGGGGUGGGGUGGUAGUGAUUUUUUUCUUUUUGGAUUAAGAACCACACUUACAGUAUUAAAGCUUCUUUAUUGAAAAACAAUUGGCUACAUAUGCAAUUGAGCUCCCCUGGGGUGAGGCUUAGGUCACUGCAUCCUGAUCUAGCCCUUGCCACCAUUCUCUGCCUGUGACAAGCUGCUUUACCUGUCUGGACUGCCAUGGCUUUAAAGGUAAGGUGGCAUGUCUGGAAUGACUGACCCAUCCCAGCUCUAGUAUUCUGUGACUUUCAAACUUAGCAUCCAAGACAAGCUAACGUGUACAUGAACAGUAGAAGAUAGAACAUGGCGUCCUGGCUCUGAUCGCAGGCUCUCCAGGCCUUGCUACCCUCCCCCCACUGAGUCCUUCACUAAGUCAUAUUUAGUUAGGGGGACCUUUACCAGGAUAACCAGGAGACUCUCACACUGGAACAGUGUUUCUGCUGAGUCAUGCUGAGGAGUUCCUCAGGGAACUCCAUCCAUCUGUGCUCUAACCCUGGGACAGCUCUGACCCCAGUGAGUACCAGGCUGAAGUAUUUCACAAGCACUUGAGCUCUCAAAAAAUGGUAGGGCAGAUUGUCAUCUGGCUGAUGUGGUCCCUUCUGGGUUUCUCUGUUUGCAUCCCCGUGGUCAUGCUGCUGAACUAUUGGGCUUCAGAAUAAGAUACUAUUUGCCAUGCUGUCAGUGUGCUUGGCCGGUGAGUAGGCGUUGACUGCCUGGCUUGGAGCUGAGAUGGCCGGUGGGUUGUUUGUACCACACAACAUGUUGAGAAUGUUAAUGUGAGCAACAUGAUGUUCAUUUCGCAAAGGAGUCAACCUUACUCUGCUGAUGUUGGAAACAACUCAGUUUUGCACACAGUGAGUUGUAUGCAUGGCCAGCUGCUAAUCCCUGGGUAACCUCAUCUUUAUGAGUUUGUCCUCCAUUUGUCUUGUUUAAGUUGCAAAAUAAAUGCAUUUAUUGCACGGGAA